AUGAUAUUCACAAUGCAGCAAUGUAAUGCAAUAUAUGACGAUCAAAGACGAGAUCUGGACAAACAAGAUAGCCGUGAGAGAAAUAAAAGCCACAAGAUGGACGUCGUCUAUGACGUCGUUGAAAGCAUCCACCUUUUCAUACCAUUGAUCGCAAUCGCAUUUGUCUGCGGUGUGCUUUACUUCUACAACAGAAAGGAAACCCAAAUGCAAUCUCCGCCAAAGAAAGGAAGGACUACAACCAACGCAACCGAGUCGAAAAAGGACAAGUAA